CGUGGCAAGAUUGGCGACGUUGAGCUGCUACCGGUGACAAGGACACGGAGUCCCCACGCUACUUCCAUCACUUAAGCCGUAUGCUCCUUGUGUGGCAGCAUCUUGUUUUGUUAUUUGCUGAACAUGACAGUUAUUGCGAACCGUGAUGACUUGAUUUUUGUUGUCCAUUGCGGUCUGUGCUGAAGUCAGUUAAUUAGAGACACGGUGACUUGGGUUGCUGGCCAGUAAUUUUAAUUUAAUAUCCGACAUGGAGGAACAAGAAUUAGAAGUCUUUGUUAUUCCGGUCAGCCAGCUGGUUUCUUGGGUUGCAGCUGGGGCCAUGGUAUUUGGGGGUGUGGUGCCAUACAUCCCCCAGUACAGGGAUAUCAAAAGAACUCAGAAUGUCGAGGGGUUUUCAACUUAUGUGUGCCUGGUGUUGCUGGUAGCAAAUAUUUUACGGAUAUUGUUUUGGUUUGGAAGGCAUUUUGAAGCUCCUCUGCUUUGGCAAAGCAUUAUCAUGAUUGUUACAAUGUUAGCCAUGUUAAAGCUCUGCACUGAAGUUCGAAUGGCCAAUGACCUGAACACCAGGAGGCGCACCUUUGCAGAUCUCGAGUUGAAGUCCUUCUGGCAGUGGAGCAGAUUUACAGAUUACGUUCAGUGUGUGCUGGCUUUCUCUGCAAUCGCAGGCUACAUCACCUACCUCUUCAUAGACUUUUUCUUUUAUGUAGAAACACUGGGCUUCCUUGCUGUGUUCACAGAGGCGAUGCUGGGGACUCCUCAGUUGUAUCGUAACUUCCAGAACAGAUCUACAGAAGGAAUGAGCAUUAAAAUGGUUUUGAUGUGGACCAGUGGUGACACCUUUAAGACGGGCUAUUUUAUUCUGAACCAGGCUCCAUUCCAGUUCUGGAUCUGUGGACUUCUUCAAGUGCUUGUUGACAUCACCAUCCUUCUCCAGGUGUACUACUAUGGCAGUUACCCUCAGAAGCAACUUUCACAUACAGUGCACCCUACUGAUGCCAAGGCACUUUAGAACAUGAACGACUCACAACAAAAUAUGUCUGAUUAUAGUGCAGGCACUUAAUGAAACAUCAAGAUCGUCUGUAAACAAAUCUAAAGAAAUAUAGCCAGUAGACUUCCUACAUUUACAUUUCAAGUCAGAAGCACUGGCCUUUAAUAUUCAUGAUGGACGUAGGAGUACAGCCUAAAUGUAUUAUCACUUAAUGUCAGCCUAGUAUCACAUCCUGUUUAUGUUGCAUAUAUUUUGUUACUCUGUUUUAUUAAUAUACCUGAUGUUCAUCGUGUGACACUGCUGCAGUCAUUACACUUGGG